UAUUUCAAGAAUCUUUCAAAACAGAAACAAAAGGAAGUCAUGGAGAAGAAUGGAAAUAACCACAAACUUCGUGUUUGUGUUGCCACUUGCAACCGUGCUGAUUAUUCAAAAUUAGCGCCCAUUAUGUUUGGUAUUAAGGCAGAACCACAGUUCUUUGAGCUUGAUGUCGUAGUGCUUGGUUCCCACCUGAUUGAUGAUUAUGGUAAUACUUAUCGUAUGAUUGAACAAGAUGACUUCGACAUUCAUACAAGAUUGCACACCAUUGUGAGAGGGGAGGAUGAGGCAGCUAUGGUGGAGUCAGUGGGCCUUGCAUUAGUCAAGUUACCAGAUGUCCUGAACCGCCUGAAACCUGACAUAAUGAUAGUUCAUGGGGACAGAUUUGAUGCUUUGGCCCUGGCUACAUCUGCAGCCCUGAUGAAUAUUCGCAUUCUUCACAUUGAAGGUGGGGAGGUCAGUGGGACCAUUGAUGACUCUAUCAGACACGCUAUCACCAAACUGGCCCAUUACCAUGUAUGCUGCACAAGGAGCGCAGAGCAGCAUUUGAUAGCCAUGUGUGAAGACCAUGACCGCAUCCUUUUAGCAGGCUGUCCCUCAUAUGACAAGCUUCUCUCUGCCAAAAAUAAGGACUACAUGGGUAUUAUACGCAUAUGGCUAGGUGAAGAUGUCAAAAUCAGAGAUUAUAUAGUUGCUCUGCAACAUCCUGUAACCACAGAUAUUAAGCAUUCCAUAAAGAUGUUUGAGCUGACACUAGAUGCACUCAUCUCCUUCAACAAGAGAACACUUGUUCUAUUCCCUAAUGUGGAUGCAGGAAGCAAAGAGAUGGUUCGGGUGAUGAGGAAGAAGGGCAUUGAACAUCAUCCAAAUUUUCGGGCAGUAAAGCAUGUCCCAUUUGACCAGUUUAUUCAGCUAGUUGCUCAUGCUGGUUGUAUGAUUGGUAACAGCAGUUGUGGUGUCAGAGAGGUGGGAGCGUUUGGUACACCUGUUAUCAACUUGGGGACACGUCAGACAGGAAGAGAAACAGGUGAAAAUGUUCUUCAUGUUCGUGAUGCUGAUACACAGGAUAAGAUUCUGCAUGCUCUACAGCUGCAGUUUGGUAAACAGUAUCCAUGCUCAAAAAUAUAUGGAGAUGGUAACGCAGUUCCAAGGAUUUUGAAGUUCCUCAAAUCUAUUGACCUCAAAGAGCCAUUGCAAAAGAAAUUCUGUUUUCCUCCUGUCAAAGAUAAUAUCUCUCAAGAUAUUGACCACAUUCUAGAGACACAGAGUGCUCUGGCCGUGGAUCUAGGCGGAACAAAUCUCCGAGUAGCAAUUGUCAGUAUGAAGGGUGAAAUAGUUAAGAAGUAUACCCAGCUCAACCCUAAAACUUACGAAGACAGACUACAAUUAAUUCUAAAGAUGUGUGUAGAGGCUGCAUCGGAGGCAGUAAACGUGAACUGCAGAAUUUUGGGAGUAG